AUGGAAAAUCACAACUUGAAAUUGGUUCUCGUCAUUGGAGGAACAGGUGCACAGGGUAGUCCUGUUGUCAAGGCACUUUCCGCGAGUGGUCGCUACAGUGUUCGAAUUUUGACUCGAAACCCAUCCUCAACCCAAGCUACCAAACUAGGUGCUCUACCAAACGUGACACUUUUCAAAGGUUCACAGGAUAUCCAAAAGGACCUCCACGCAGCGUUCACUGGUGUCUACGGAGCAUGGGUCAACCUAGAUGGAUUUACGAUCGGAGAAAAGAACGAAAUAUUCUACGGUAUCCGGGCAUACGAAAUUGCUCGACAGCAGGGUGUCAAGCAUUACAUCUUUGCAAACUCUGACUACACCUUACGAAAGGCUGGAUGGAACGAGCAGUACCGAUCACAUAACGAUGCCAAGGGUCGAGUUGGUGAUCUUAUUUUGAGUCAUGGGCAAUCCACCAUGAAGACUUCACUUUUGACCACGGGACCGUACAUUGAGAUGCUCCUUGAUGGGAUGUUUGUUCCUGAAGAGCAAACUGAUGGAUCAUUUAUUUGGGAAAAUCCUUCCGCGGAUGGCAAAAUUUCAUUGAUUGCCCUCGAUGAUGUUGGAGCCUACAGCUUAUGGAUACUCGAUAACCCCACCGAGUCCGCUGGGCUCGACCUCGAGGUCGCGACAGAUCAAGUCAGCUUCGCUGAUAUUGUUGCCACAUUUACCAAAGUGACUGGAAAGCAUGGUAUACACAAAGUCGUGCCUCUGGAGGAGUAUCUAGUGAAGGCAGAACCCUAUCCAGGAGCCUAUUCGAACUUUACCGUCAGCCCUGAUGUGUCUCGCGACGAAUCAUUCACGACCUGGCGCGAGAAUUUCGCGGGUUGGUGGCGCUAUUGGGGCGAGGGGAAGGGAGCUACCCGAAAUAUGGAGUUACUUGAUCGUAUUCACGGCUCUCGCAUUCCUAGCUUGGAGGCAUGGAUGAGGGUGAACAAUUAUGAUGGACGACCUAAGUCUGUCUUGAAAAGUCUUUAUGAUCUGAGAAAGGGUGGAGCGAACAGCGAGUAA